AUCGUCAAUGCAGCCGUUCUCAGAUCGGAUUGGUGCGCUCACGAAGACGCCCCACCUCCGCCUUUGAUCUGUCGGCUGCUGACUAAAGUUUGUCUUCUCUCGUGACUGAGCGGAGCGGCGAGCGACACCUCUCACAGGACCGGAUCGGACGUUGAUCUUGUCUGUAGCUAGCAGCUGCUAGUGACAAGAGGCUCAACAAAAUGGUUGGGAUGAUUCAGAUCUCCCUUGCCAUAACAGUACAGGUGAUAUCUUCAACUCUGAUUCCUGCGACGGCCGAGGAGGAGAACAGGGAAUGCAGGGAACAGGAGUACAAGGACCAGUUAGGGAAUUGUAAACCCUGCAAGCAAUGCAAUGCAGGACAGGAGCUAUCAAAGGAAUGCGGCUUUGGUUACGGAGAGGAUGCCCGGUGUGUGCCGUGUCGGACCGGUCGCUUCAAGGAAGAUGGGAGCCUCCAGAAGUGUAAGCCCUGUCUGGACUGUGGACUCAUCAACCGCUUCCAGAAGAGCAACUGUUCCUCUACCAGCAAUGCCGCGUGUGGGGAGUGCCUGCCCGGGUACUACAGGAAGACUAAACUAAGUGGCUUCAAAGACAUGGAGUGUGGACCCUGUGGAGACCCUUCGCCUCUCUAUGAGCCUCACUGCAGUGGGCGAGUGAACCUUGUGCCGCUGCCCUCGGUGGUGACCAGUCCUCGCGACAUGGCGCUGGCAGCGGUCAUCUGCAGCGCCCUGGCUACGGUGCUGCUGGCCCUGCUGGUGCUGAGCGUCAUCUACUGCAAGAGGCAGCUGCUGGAGAAGAAGCAAAGUGCGGCAUCUCUGAGGACCCAAGACUGUCCGUACGGUGGCGCCGAGCUGUCCUGCCUGGACCUGCGCUGGCUCCACUUGCCCCAGAGACCUUGCUGCCAGUGUCACCUGGGCCCUGGACACACCUGCGCAGGCUCAGUCCACCUGGUCUCAUCCUUGUGCAGCGAAGACCGUCUGGACCGCGCACCGUUUGACUCGUUGAGCACCAGCCUCAGCGACAGACAUCUGGAGCGGAAUGACCAACGGGUGCCGCUGCAGUCAGGACGACACCCGGCCUCCGCAGAAGCCAUCUCGGAGGCUUCCAGGCUGGAACCAGAACCCGCUGGAGGAGCUGCGGCCGAGCGGCGAGAACAUGACGAGGCAGUGGUGGGAGAGAGGCGGCAACCGUCCACUCAGGAGGAACACAUCCACCUUUGGCUUUCCUGAGUCAACUCAACACACAACUACCUACCUGUGCAAAAGGGCAUCAUGGAACCACGGAGCCACCAGGAAGCAGCCCGCUAACAAACAGACGUUGCCUUUCAGAACAUCUUUUUGUGUAAAUGUGCGCUUCAACAUAGACAUAGACACACGCCGCAUAGAGUGUGUUUGUCCACUGCUGUGAUAUGUCCACGUGGAAGUGAAUCCAAGUCAACAUGCUUACUUUCACAAGGCGCCUUUCUACAAAAACACUUCAGUUCAUUCCUCCUGUUUCGACAUUAACACACGCACACGCUAAUAGAAACCAAAAACCAUCGAUUUCAUCUUCUCAGACGGCUAAGAUUAGAACUUUAUGGAGCCCACAGGACUAAUUCACAUGACAUCAUCAGCUCUAGAGCACAACUAUACACACUAUUCAUACACAUAUAGACACACAUGCAUAAGGACAUGCACAUAUACAGGUAUACAUACACAUACACAUAUAUACAUAAAUAUAUAUAUCCAUAUAUGCAUACACAUAGAUACAGUACAUAUAUAUAGACAUACAUAUAUAGACACAUAGACAUACACAUAUAGACACACAUACAUAUGGACAUACACAUAUAUACAUACACACAUAUACAUCCAUAUAUACAUACACAUAUACGUACAUAUAGACAUACACAUACAGUCAAACUUGUCUAUAGCGGCCACUAGAGGGAGUCUGCAAAAGUGGCUGCUAUAGACAGGUGGCCUCUAUAGACAGGUUGGCGUCCAGUUUGAAUGUUGACCAGUAGAGGAAAAAAAAGAAAAAAGGGGAAAAAAAAUAAUAAUAAUGUUGACCAGUAGAUGGCACUGCGGACUGCGGAUAAAAGUUGUACAGCACUACUAGGCUUGUUAUUAUCAUGGUUCAUGGUUUUAAUUAAUCCUGAACAUGCAUAUGAGUCAAACAGUAGCACAUCACAUAGUACCAAAAAGGAGUAGGAAGAAGCAAAGCUUAUUUAAUCCUACCCCUCAUCAGUUUCACAUCAGUUGCAAUACAUUUAUUCUCCUCUUGUUCUUCCAAGUGUACUUUGUAGGUCUACAUGACAAUGUAGUGCAAUCAUAGCCAAGGUUUUUACUUACUAAAAGGAAGCUAGAGGCUUAAUAAUAACUGAUAGAAUAUAUCCACCACCCACAGAACAAAGCUGUGCUCGUAAUGUCUUACGCUUGUUUUUAAUAUUUUACUUUUUAUACGGCAGAGUGUCAUUACAGCUUUAGUUCAUCAGGAAGUGACGGGAAGUGACGGUGGGCGUCCCGAGCAGGAGAGCUAGGCUCAGUGCUAGCUGUGAGUUUGGAGAGAGUUGGGAAGUGUGUUUAUGUUGGCGUGGAUGUAAAGUCCUGCAGUGUUCUCCGCUGUUAAUAAAGCCAUUAAAGUGCAUCGGCGACGUGAGUCUCUCCUUUCCCACAACAAGCGGCAUUACAGUAUUGACCAGUGCACACCAGGAAAUAAACGGUGUCAUUUCUUACAGGCAUUGGCUGGACAGCUAUGUAGUGGGGCUUGUUUGACCUUUGCCUUGUGGGCAAGCAGGAAGGAGAGACGAUGCUGAGAGAUGUGUGUGUGUUCUGAGCUGCUGUCUGGUGGCCGCGUUCAAUAAAUAAAGUUGGCAGAAGCAACAGGAGAAGUUUCCUUCUUUGCUUCGGAGCUGAAUAACACUGACAAGUUAACAGACUAGUAGCGAACGGAAAAGAAGACGGCUUUGUUUGUGUCGAAUACAGAAGAUGAGGACUUUGAUGGAUUUGUGGAUGAGGAUUGAUGAAAAAUAACGUGAGUACAUUCUAAAAUACUUCAAUUAAGUACAACCCAACUCAGUUUUGCUCCCGCUGCCGCAUGCAUGCUAGCGUAUGUUUUUUUUUAUUGUAGCGUCGCUGGGAGCACGUCCUGUUCCCAGCCUACUUUGUGGUAAUGUUUUGGUGCAAAUGCUCUUAAAGUUACAUGUUUGACCAGGAAAUAGCAAGCUCAAAAGAAGACGGCUUUUUUAUGUGGAACAACUGACAGUUUGUGUGGAUCUUGUGAAUGAUUGUGACUGAGCUAGGACUCAGUAAUUAAAGUCUACACACGGCGGCUUCAUUGACUGAAAAACGAAACUUUUUCGUGCAUGAAGCUUCUACUUGAGUUGGUAAUUUGGCCGCUAUAUGCAGUCAGAUAUUGACCAAGGGAGACAAAAUGGGUGGCCGCUGGCCGCGUUGGACAGGUGACUGCUAUACACAGGGUCUAUAACAUGUACAUUUGCUGCAGGGGAUUUUUCAGUGGCUGCUAUAGGCAGGUGGCCGUUCUAUAAAGGUGGCCGCUAAGACAGGUUUGACUGUAUAUACAUCCAUAUAUCCAUACACAUACAGUAUAUACAUACAUAUAGACAUACACAUUUAUACAUACACACAUAUACAUACAUAUAGACAUACACAUACAUAUACAGAGCCAUGUCAAAAAAUUUGAAUACACUAAGUCCCCAACUAACGAACACAAUUGGUUCCAGAUGACCGUUCUUAAGUGGAAUUGUUCUUAAGUAGGGAAAAGGUAAUAUUACCAAUGAUCUAGGUACUACAUGUACAUGUAUACAUACACAGUGUAUGUUUAUGUAUGUAAAUAUGAGUUUGGAUGCAGUAGUAAUAUUAAACCAGGAUAAUGAAUGAAAAAAACAAUAAUAAAAGUGAUAUAGUAAUACGUAAUGAUAAAUGUUAUUUACCUUUGAAGAGGAGUGGUCGAGCAUACGUCGUUGUGGAGGAGGAGGAGGAGAUAUUGAAAAAAAGGACAAAUGGUGGUGGUGGUUAGACUCUUCUAAAAGAGGUAGUGUUCUGUGGGUGGUGUAGAAUUAAGCAGGCCUAUUAACUCUUCAUAAACUUUAAUCACACGCUCUGUCCGGGUUGUACAAUUUAUCUUUCCAUUUAGCUUUACACUGUAUCUCCCCAGCGUCUAACUCUUCCUGUGUUGGUCUCGUUAGCUCUAAGGCUGCAUUAGCAGUGUCACAGUGCCCUCUACUGGUCAAGCAUGUACAGUAGCAGUAUAAAUACUGAUUGAGCGACUGACUACACACAAAAUAAAAUAAAAUAUAGACCAGUCGGCUUGUGUUCGUAUCUUGCGAAUGUUCGCUAGUCGGGUGUUGGUAACUUGGGGCCCUAGUGUAUUGUGUAAAAGUUCAUUUUCUUCUGUAAUAUAAUUCAAAUUUUGAAACCUUCAUAUAUUCUAGCUUGAUUGUGCAUGCAGUGAACAAUUCAAAACCUUUUUUUGUCUUAAUUUAGUUUUUAUGGCAUACAACUCAAGAAAACCCCCAAAUCAAUGUGUCAUAAUAUUAGAAUAUUCUGACAGUACUCAGUUACUCAGUCUCAAAGUACAGUAGUACCUCGCAUAACAUAAACCUCCUUUUACAUAAAUUCCACUGAACAUAAAGAAUUUAUGUAAAGUUUUUGCUUCGUAUUACAGAAGAAAUUCCAUAUAACAUAAAGUGUCAAGUCAGUGCAAGUCUUUUUUUUUUUCAAUCAACUUUAUUAAUGCCUCAAGUCGGCGCAAGUUCAGACUAACACUUGGUCACGCUCUCAUUGGCUGAUUUUCGGGGCACCGCCUCCGCUCUCAUCUAAUUGGCUGAUUAUCGGGGCACCGCCUACGCUCUCAUCUCAUUGGCUGGCUUAUACAGCACGUACGUGAGUUUGUGUGAGAGACAGGCUUGUCCCUUCAACCUCCUUCCUCUUCGUAGUCCCCCUGAAACUAACGUAAACAAUUAAGUUAAGUUACAAAUUAAAAUUUGGCACACAACAUUAUCAUGUAGAGACCAGCUGACUCUUAGACUCUCUGAGUCGCGUUUCGACUCAGGCUAGUCCUCCUCCUCCUUCCUGCCUCCACUUGCGCUCCUGAUCAAGACAUCUCGUGAAUGGUAGGAUUGUUUUUGUUUUUCAGUUUUAUUCAUUUACAGUUAUCUUAUUUAUUACCUUAUUUUAUAUUGUAAUGUUACUCUACUAUGUUUAUGCUAACGUUUUCGUAUAUUUUCCCACCAUAUUUGGUGGACUUUGAAUAUUUUGAAGUGCCAAAGGGGUGAGUUUGGGAAGAUCUUGGAACGGAUUAGGCUAUUUACAUGUAUUUUACGCUUCGUAUAACAUAAAAUCCCUAUAACAUAAAGGUUCUCGGAACGGAUUAUUUACGUUGUAGGGGCGUCUACUGUACUCUGUUUGCCAAUUUAAAAAACAGCUAAUCAACUCAAAACGCCUGUUAAGGUUCCCUGAGCCUAUAAAAACUUGUCAGCCUGGUUCAGAUCACGUAACCACAAUCAUGGGGAAGGCUUCUGACCUGACUGAUAAGAAGAAGACCGCUAUUCACAUCCUCCAUCAGGGGGGAAAGAAACAAAAAUACAUUUCAGAAAAAGUUGGCUGUUCAAAGUGCUGUUCCAAAGCACAUAAGAGGAAAGCUUGUUGGAAGAUCAAAAUGUGGGAGGAAACGCUGCACAAGCAGGAGAGAUGUACGGAAGCUUCAGAAAAUUCUGAAGCAGAGCCGCUUCAAAAAUUUGACUAAGCUCACAAAGCAGUGGAAUGAGGCUGGAGUGUGGACCUCAAGGAAAACAGUCCAGACGUAUCCUAGAAAUGGGCUACAGAAGCCGGAUCCCCAGGGUCAAGCCACUCCUGACCCCAAAACAAAAAAGAAACGUCUGAGCUGGGCUUUGGAUAAAAAGAAUUGGACUGCUGGCCAGUGGUCCAAGGUCCUGUUCUCUGACGAAAGCAAAUGUCUCUCAUUUGGAAAUCAAGGUCCUAGGGUGUGGAGGAAGACUAGAGAGGCACAGGACAGAAGCUGUCUAAAGUCCAGCGUGAAGUUUCCUCAGUCUGUGAUGAUUUGGUGCCAUGCCAUGUGCUGGUGUUGGUCCACUCUGUUUCAUCAAGUGCAGAGUCAAUGCAGCUGUCUACCAGGAGAUCCUGCAGCACUGCAUGCUUCCAUCUGCUGAAAACCUUUUUGGAGACCAUGACCUGGCACCUGCCCACAGCGCCAAAACCACUAGUACCUGGUUUCCUGACAACGGUAUUACUGUGCUGGACUGGCCUGCAAAUUCACCUGACCUGAACCCCAGAGAGAAUCUGUGGGUGUCGUGAAGACGAAGAUGAGUAACAUCAGACCCAACAACAGAGAUGAGCUGAAGGCCGCUAUCGAAGCAUCCUGGGCCUUCGUAACACUUCAACAGUGCCAUUGGCUGAUUGCCUCCAUGCCAGACCGAAUUAAAGCAGUGAUUUGUGCAAAAGGAGCUGCAACAAAGUAUUGAAUACAGGAAUUAAACAUAAUUUUCAGUGGAUUGAUAUUUCUGUAUUAUGAAUCCCAUUUUUUAUUGUUUUGAUGAAAUAUUCAAAUUUUUUGACACAUGGAUUUUCGGUUUUCAUGAACUAAAUGCAAUAAACAUCAAGAUUUAAAAAAUAAAAGGCUUGAAACAAUUCAGUUGAUGUGUAAUAAAUCUAGUACAUAUGAAGGUUUAUUUUUUAAAAUGAUAUUAUGGAAAACAAUUAACUUUUACACAAUAUUCUAAUUUUUUGACAUGGCUCUGUAUACAUCCAUAUAUACAUACACAUACAGUAUACCUCCAUAUAUACAGUACAUACACAUAUAUACAUUUGGAUCUUAAUGAGGUUUUAAGUAAAGCUACAAUAUGCAAAAGCAAGAAGGGGGAGUGAAACAUUUUGAAAAAGUCAUUUAUUGGAAACAACAAACUCAAAUAGGCUGUUUAUCAGCUGAUCAAAAGUUUAAGACCAUCACUUAAAAAAGAACCAAAAACUCUCCAAACCAGAACCAAACAUGUUGUCAUAGGACUCAGUAAUGAGGAGCUCCGCCAUUUUUGUUCAUCACUUCCAAAAUGGCUUUGGGCAUGCUUGAUGGGGGUGUCAUACAACUUAAUGUUCAAGUUCAACGUCUUUGUAGAAAGGCGCUUUAUGAAAGCAUGACUUGUAUUCACUUCCCAUAUGGCGUUGAUGAUGAUGAUCAGCGUCUGUAUACAGCACGUCUAUGCUUUCCAGCGUCUACAGGCCAAGUCAAGUUGCUCUGUAACGGUUACACUGCAUUUUAGUUUCACCUGCAAGCGGAAUAUGCUAACAUGUUACAUGUAGCGUGUUUGCUGCUUACAGCAUCGCUAGAACACUUGAGCACGACGCUGCUUGGCUGCAAGGGUGCUUGAAGACGAACAAGAGAUGUCUGAUGUAUGUACGUGUACGUGUGUACGUGUAGCUGUGUUGUUAAUCAGCGCCUGUCGGCCUUCGUCUUCCUGCUCUUGGUCUAGGAUGACACAUUUCACAUUUGUCUGGCUGACUGAAAGUAGCCUGGCCUCUUCAGCAGCAGCAGCGACCAGAUCCCCUUUCACACUCCCUCCAGCGCGGUGGCUUUGAAAUGCCCGCAGCUCACCCUCGGAGCCCCUCCCGUCAAAAAGGGUCCAAACAAAGUACGCACACGCACGCAGAGAAAAACAUGGUUGACGUGCAGAAUGUGAACUCUCUGGGCCGGCGGGGUGAACGUGCAUGAAGUUCAAACAUGGAGGACUGUACUGACUUGACCACAUCUGCUCUGCUUUGUGCCGCGUGUGCGUCAAGAGGUGAGCGACGCCCACUGAAGACCAUCUGAACGUCCAAAGACAAGGAGGGACGUUAAGUGGCUUGUAGAUGAUGUAAAAUAGUCAAGUAACGCUUUUCUGCCACUCGCGUAGCGUUGAUGGUCACAAACGCACCCAAUUUACACUCCUGUUAAUAAACCACUUGGAACAAGGACAACUACUCACUCUUUUUAUGUCUUUUCUUCCUUUAUGAUUGUGCUGUUGGACAAGAGAACAAUGACACCUGCUGACGUUUAGAAAAGUAAGGUUGGAAAAAGGGAUGAAAAAGCAGCCAGGACUUGUCAUGACUCGUCUGUUUCAUAGAAAUAUCACAUGUCACACUGCAAGUAACCGCCCACAGCCGGUCCACGACCGUGGCAGGCAUAGCCGGGGUCAGAUGUCACAGAAGUAGCGGGAGCUGCUAAGGACUGUGAAUGUGCUAAGACUGACUAGUUAGCCCGACCUGGCGCCACCAUGAGCUUUCCAAAUCAGGUCAUUUAUGAUACACUUCUUUGUAAUUGGUAGCCCCCACUUGUACUCAUUGCAACCACAGUUUUUAGCUCUCAGAGUCCAUGAUGAAGGUCUCAAAAUUUGGCUGGAGCUCCGACACCAGAGCGUCCACAAAGUCCUCCAUGGUGGGCCGGCGUUGCAGCAUACCUGCAACACACACACACACACACACACUAUGAAACACGUCAUUUGGUCGGAGUUUUUGCUUGAGGCUCCAUGGGCGGGGGCUCUUCUGUGAACCCUGGAUGACUUUCAGCAUGAAGAAAAGUCAAUGUGCUCAUCAAAUGUGCUUCUGAAACUAAACAAGCCAACACACGUGAUCAUCAUUAGACGGUUGACUACUGUUGAAUAAACAUGAGUGCUGUGUGUGUGUGUGCGCAUGUGUGUGUGUGCGCAAGCGUGUGUUCAUGUGUGUGGCAGCUGAUGCGUGGACUCUUUGCUCACUUUACACUUCAGUUGGACGCUUGCUUUGAAGUCUCUCCCUUUCCCCUUGUGGGCCUGCCAAUGUAAAUAGGCGCUCCAAGCACCCACCCCCCCGUCUCCACAUGGGUCACACACACGUGUGCACAAGCACGCAUGACUGGAGAUGCAAAAAGGUUGACGGAGGAUGUGACACACAUUGGAUACUCGUGGAGGAUAGAGCAGAAAAGUGGCUGAGAGACACGACCGUCUCCUCUUACAGAGCCGACGCCCCACCCCGUCCUCCGGCUACAAGAUGAUACGCAACGUCGGUGUCUUACACGCCAUGAUGGCUGCACGGGCCUCGGAUCCCUGGGGAACGAGGCGGCCACACGAGACGCAUCGCCAGUUUAAAUUCCAAAGGUUAUCAUGAGAACCUCUUCUUUUUGCAUCCAAACGCAUUUUGGACGGCCGGCCGGAUGGACAGGUGGCUCAGUCUGCGUGAGGCGGACUCCGUGGUUAAGAGGGAGCUGAGCCCAACGGCAAAGCUCUCAAUUUAGGGGUGGAUCCACAUUCCUACCCCCACCUCUGGUCAUGAGCUUUGGGUAGUGACCUUGAGGACAAGAUGGCAGGUACAAGCGGCCCAAAUGAGUUUUCUCUGUAGGGCGGCUGGGCGCCCCCUUAGAGACAAGGCGAGAAGCGCUGUCAUCCGGGACAAACUCGGAGUAGAAGCGCUGCACCUCCACAUUGACAGAAGGCAGAUGAGGCGGCUCGGGCAUCUGGUCAGGAUGCCUCCCUGGGGAGGGAUUUCCAGGGCACGUCCGACCAAUAGGAGGCCUCGAGGAAGACCCAGGACACGUUGGAGAGACUAUGUCUCAACUGGCCGGGAAUGCCUCGGGAUCCGCUGGGAUGAGCUGGACGAAGUGGCCGGUGAGGGAGAGAAAGUCUGGGCUUCCCUGCUUAGCCUGCUGCCCCCACCACCUCACCUCGGAUAAGCAGAGGAUGGAUGGAUGGAAUAUAAAGUAGAAAGGAUAAGGCCUCUUUAAACAGCUUUAUUCAGCAAAGCAUCUAAAGCACAAAAUUCAUCCCAACAAGUAGGCCCUAAUGUAUGUUUUUAUAGUUUGAAUUCCAUAAAAAUAUAAAUAUAAAUAAAUAUAAAUACACAAGGGACAACUAGUGCACGUGCGUGUGCUGGGUUGGGGUUAGGCAAAGCAGAAAGCGUGUUUGGAAGUUCGCGC